AUGGCGUCACACGAGAUCAAGAGCGAGGGUUUCUCCUCUGAGGCUCCAGUCAAACCCGAGCACAGUAGCGAUGAAGCUGGUAGAAUCGAGGAGGGUGGUCUAUCAGACCCCAACCAUGUCGACCUGCACCGCGCCCUCAAGGCGCGACACAUUACUAUGAUUGCUAUCGGUGGUGCAAUUGGAACCGGUCUGAUUAUUGGUACUGGUGAUGCCCUUGCAAAGGCUGGCCCCGGUUCAAUCCUGAUCGCCUACGCUUGGGUUGGUCUCAUCGUGUAUCUGGUCAUGUGUGCUCUUGGAGAGAUGGCCGCUUGGCUCCCUCUGCCCUCUGGUUUUACUGGUUAUGCUGUGCGAUUCUGCGAUCCCGCGCUCGGUUUCACUCUUGGUUGGACGUACUGGUUUAAAUACAUCAUCUUAACACCAAAUCAGUUAACAGCAGGCGCCCUCGUUAUAUCAUACUGGCUGCCACAAGAUAAAGUGAACGCGGGAGUCUGGAUCACCAUCUUGUUGAUUGCUAUUGUCUGCAUCAACUACUUCGGUGUGCGCUUCUUCGGUGAAUUCGAAUUCUGGCUGUCCUCGUUCAAGGUCAUCGUCAUCCUGGGCAUCAUCCUGCUCUCCUUCAUCCUCAUGUUGGGUGGUGGUCCCGAUCACGACCGUAGGGGAUUCCGCUACUGGAAGAGUCCCGGUGCUUUCAACCACUACAUCAUGGAGGGCGAUGCUGGCCGCUUCCUCGCGUUCUGGUCAACCAUGGUCUCUGCCACCUUUGCCUACCUGGGUACCGAAUUGGUCGGUGUGACAGUCGGUGAAGCGCAGAACCCCCGUCGGGCGAUUCCUCGUGCGAUUAAGUUGACUUUCUGGCGUAUCCUGGUCUUCUACGUGCUCUCGGUCCUCUUGGUCGGUACCCUGGUGCCGUACAACGACAAGAAGCUGCCCUACAACAACUCCAAAUUCUCCAAGUCCAGCAGCUCCGCUGCUGCUUCGCCCUUUGUCGUUGCCAUCGAGAACUCCGGUAUCCCCGUGUUGUCGCACAUCCUCAAUGCUUGCAUUCUGCUGUUUGUUUUCUCGGCCUCCAACUCUGACUUGUACAUUGCGACCCGUACAAUCUACGGUCUCGCUCGUGAGGGCAAGGCCCCCAAGAUCUUCGCCCGCACCGACCGUCGCGGUGUGCCCGUCUUUGCACUGGCAAUUUGCUCUUGCGUUGCUCUCAUUGCCUACAUGAACGUGACCAGCGACUCUCAGACCGUCUUCAAGUACUUCGUCAACCUGGUCACCAUCUUCGGUCUUCUGACCUGGGUCUCCAUCCUGGUUACCCACAUCUACUUUGUGCGCGCCCGUCGGGCACAGAACGUCCCAGACUCUGAUCUGGCCUACGUCGCACCCUUCGGCAUCUAUGGUUCCUAUCUCGCUCUGGCCUUCUGCAUUCUCAUUGUUUUCACCAAGAACUACGACGUCUUCACGCACAACAAGAAAUGGGGCAACUUCGACUACAAGAACUUCAUCACCGCCUACCUGGGUAUCCCUCUAUACCUGAUCCUGAUCGUUGGCUACAAGUUAGUUACCAAGUGCAAGGGUGUUAAGCCCGAAGAGGCUGAUCUGUGGACUGGUAAGGACCAGAUCGAUCGCGAGGAGGCUGCCUUUAUCGCGCAGCACAAUGCGGAGAUGGAGAAGAAUGCGGGUUCUCACUGGUUCUACCGCAAAUUUGUGUCCUGGCUGUUCUAA